UGCCACACCGAGCGACGCAAUGACACUCCAUUUCCACGGCCCACGGUCCACGGUCGUCUUUUUUUUAAACGGACUAAAGAAAUGAACGCAGAAGAUGGCAUUGAAUUGUAAACUAAUACGGACAGCGGAAGUUCGGAACCUGAAGAUCGAUCAGUGCGUAUCAAUUGGUUCGCGGGAGACGUUGUGGGAUGAUCAACUGGUGAUGGUUUCCCUUGAUUGGCUCUUUACCUCCGAUGAACCUGUGUAACAUAAACCCAACAAUUGCAAGCAAUCUGAACACUGGCCGAACAAAACGCGCUCGGUACUGGUAAUACAUAAUAUGGAAUGUCAAUGUGGCCUGCUUGACUUAAAGUGAAGUUGCGGUUGUGUUGAAUCGUGCCGACAAUGCGGGAUGUGAACAUGUUUCGGCGUUCAAUGUUCGCCGCCGCGGAGAUAAUGGACGUGUUUGAGCGCACUGCCACGGAAAGAGAGCUCGUGCUGCAGUCGAAGGAGCUUUGUAGAGACUUCAUUCACUCAAGAAUAAUAAGAGAAGGACUCAGCUUAUCCAAAGUUGAGCCCGAUCUUCCCGAACCACAUGGAGCUCUUGUAGAUGUAUCUAUGGUGCUUCUUAACCUGGGUGAUGAGAUCGAGUGUAUGCGGCCGUAUGUUUACCGUUGUAUUGCUAAACAGCUGAACAUCAGUGUGUCGGUGGAGGCUGUGGUGUCAGACGCGUUUCUCUCCGUGGCAACAGAGAUCAUAUCCAUGGGGAUCACAUGGGGCAAAGUGGUGGCCAUCUACGCUGUAGCUGCUGGACUAGCAGUGGACUGUGUGCGGCAGGGCCAUCCAGUCAUGGUGCACACCAUAGUGGACAGUCUGGGAGAAUUUGUGCGGAGGAGUCUGGUUCCAUGGCUCAGAAAGAGAGGAGGAUGGAGUGACAUUUCAAAAUGUGUGGUGAACAUGGACUCCAGUGCUCGCACUCAUUGGUUAUUGGCGGCUGUUUUGACAUGGAGGCAAUUCCUAAAGACCAUGUACAUCUACCUGACGAAGUAGCUUUGUGCCUGACUGAAAGCUGAAUUCCUCCUUCCCAGAACAAUUUGAAUGAUCUAUUGAGGUCUUUGGAGUCCUGAGGAGCCAACGGUCCCAUUGCAGAAGCCAUACACAGGUUUAAUUGCACUUUAAUCUAUUUUUACCUUUAUCCUGUAAGAAAAGACUACGCCUUGACUGAAUCAAAUACAAUGACCUGACACACUGUGUGGGGUGAACAACAAUGUUUUCCUCAGUUUAAAAGGACCCAAAAAUAAGGUCUGGAGUUAAUGGAGCUCUUUUUGUGCUGAUGAUGCAUUGGAUGUGUUCUACUGAAUGAUGUUUUAUACCGAAUGACUUUGUCAACAAGUGAAACGUUUUAAUGUUUGACUUUGUUUCAUAAGCAAGUGUCAGAUUUAUUUUUACAAAAAUUGUUUGGAGUGUCACUUUGCACUUUUAAGUAUUGUAUACUUAAGUCCGUAUGGCGUGUACAACACGGAGGUGUCACCCACACUGUACUUCUCAAAAUAAAGAUUUUAACCAUA